AUGCAAGUUUGGAGGUGGGAGCUGGAGAGAGUUUCUCAGCAUGAAGGAUCUGGAGGUGAGAGGGUCACUCUGCUGAUUGCCUUCAUCUGCGUGAGGAGCUCCGGGUGGAAGGACGCCAGCUACAGCGCCUACAGCUACUUUGAAGUGAUCACCAUUUGCGACUUGAUCAUGAUCCUCAUCUUUUACCUGGUCCACCUCUUCCGCGUCUACCGCCUGCUCACUUGUAUCAGCUGGCCCCUGUCGGAGCUCCUGCAUUACGUCAUCGGAACCCUUCUCCUUCUCAUCGCCUCCAUCGUGGCUGCUUCCAAGAGCUACAGGCAGCCUGGGCUGGUGGCCGCAUCGGUGUUCGGUUUCAUCGCCACCGCCCUGUGCUUGCUGACCAUCUGGUUGUCCUACAAGGUCUCCUGCGUCACCCAGACAACAGAUGCCACCGUGUGAGGGCAGCACAGCUCCAGACACCACAGGAUGCCCUGCCCGGGAGACAGGACACGAAGCCUCGAAGAUGGGGGACUGGCAGCUGUGUGACCCAAGAGAAGGCUUCUGAACCUGUGUUCCCGUGCCAAAGCCCUGCUCAGGCCAGCAGGCAACCGAAGUGCCCUCCCGCUUCCCUCCUGCACUCCCAGACGCUGGCUCCCUGGGCCCCUGCGCUGCUUCAGGCUCCUGCUUCAGCCUUCCACAGAGACCCUUCCUCUGAGAAAAGAGCAGCCUCCAGGGAGACCCCGCCUGUCUUUAGAGCCUCCUCCUCAGGGACCGAGGACCCAGCCUUGGGGUUCUACUUCUGCUUUCACUUAGCACCCCUCUGGGAGUGAAGCUGCCGGAAAGCCCUCUUACAAAACAUAGCCACCUCUUAACUUAUCUGGCUUGUCCGCCUGGCCCCAAGACACCUGUCUCCCUUAAAGUGGGACGCUCCUGUAGAAACACUAUGUGGUCCGUCAGUCCCCACGUCUCCUGGCUUCAUUUGUUACGUGUGCGUGUUUAAAUAUAAUACCGAUUUGGCCAAUUGCAGAAGGAUUUCUUAAUAAACAAGAUGAUAAAACCA